AUGGACGCGCCGGCCCAGGGUAUCAUCCGCAGUCGCAUAGCCAAUGCGUGCGAUGGAUGCAAAGCCCGAAAGGUCAAGUGUGACGGCAAAACACCAUGCUCUUAUUGCAUCCGUCGGCAGAGGCCGUCCACCUGCAAGUACAGCCAUCCUAGGAGGACGCGGCAGAGGCACGCAGCCGACGCAGCGCGUACCCCUGCUAGCACUGCGAGCCCGCGGGCAUCAAGGUCGUCGCCUCCGUCAACGGCAGCGGCGGUGCGUUCGACAAGAGCUACCUCGCUUGAUGACGAUGGUCACGGCGCAGCGGCUUGUCGUGGGAUGCGUCACAGCGGAAGUGCGGCAAGGCGAUCGUCCGUGAUGGAGGAGGACGACACCGAAGUGCCACUUGAAGCACGUCUGCUCUGUGAUGCGCAGGGAAAACUCAUCUUCAUCGGGGACUGUGCCCCCUUGUCAUUCUUCCAAUCCGUGCGGCAGCUCGUGACGAGCAGAGUUGGGCAAAACGCCUUUGCUCCCGAGACCAGCCGCUACUCUGUGCUCGAGAAUGCGCCGGCGGCCCCUGUGGCGUCCCAUGAGCCAUCCCCGCCGGCACUGCGCCGGGAAGGGGUCAGAAUCGCCGUGCAGGACUACAUUCUCAUUACCACAAGUCUUGUUGAUUUGUUUGAUGAGAAACUGGAGAGUGACGUUGCCUUCUGGGCGAGUCAUCAGCGUGCAGAGAACCUUACGACCACGAUCCACUACCUCGUGCUGGCCAUUGGGCUGCUCAAAACCGACGAGGCAACCUCGAGAACCUACUUUGAGUACGGUAAGGCGCAGGCCUUCAACAGCCUGAAUGGGAGUAUGGGCGUCGGUACGGUACACGCCUUCAUCCUCGUCACAGUGUACAUGCUGUGCUCGUGCCAGAUCAACAACGCGUUUCUGGUCUUUGGCAUUGCCAGUCGUGCAGCGUAUUCGGUCGGCGUGCAUCGCACAGAGGUCAACGCGCGUUUCGGUCCCGAGAUCCACCGGCAGCGUGACAGGACAUGGAAGAGCAUGAGAAUUGUCGACUUGUUCCUCAGUGUUUCCAUGGGUCGUCCCCCCGCCACAUCCGACGUGGACUGCACGGUCCCCUACCGGGCGACGGACCUGGAAGGCAACGAGGUCUUUGACCUGCUCAACGCAUCCGUGCAGAUCAUGCUGAUUACAGAGGGCAUCGUGACGGAGAUCUAUUCACGCAAGAAGAUCUCGUUGCAGCUGACAGAGGGUAUCUCGAAGCAACUGCGGGAGUGGUCUGAACGGUGGCUUCAUCCCCUGAAAGACGUCUUGUCCCUACCCGGCGAACACACAAAGGCCCAGAUCAGUGGCGCCUGCCAGGUCCUGGCGUCGUACUACUACGCAGUCAUGCUGGUGUCGCGGCCGUUCCUCAUGUACGAGCUCUUUCGCAGACUAGGCGACGAGCCCAAUGCGGCGCGCUAUCCUGCCAUGUCCAACGGCAAAUCCAAGCUCGCAGACGCCUGUAUCGAAGCAGCAAGCAUGAUGGUCGACCCAAUCGCGGAGCUGAUUGAGCAGAGGGUGUUGCAUAGUCGCAUGCCGCUCCUGGUGUCCUGGCUAUUUGCAUCUUCUCUCGUCCUGGGCGUCGGACUCUUGGGAAACUUCGGCCGUAUCUUGGAAAAGUACACUCGCAUAUCCAUCCAGGCCCUCGACCAUUUCGCCCAAGCUGACACCCACGCCACACAAUACUCGCUGAUCGCCCAGUCUCUGCUCAACACGGCUCUCGAACACCUGGAGAAGCGGGAGUUGCAGGAGCGCCUACGUCGCACGGAGAGUUCCAGCCAGCUCUUUGGCCUGAUCCCACAGGAGAGCCGAGCGCGUGGGUCCGCAGUCUCGCCAGCGACGCAAGCCAACAGCACAGCAGCGAGUCCGGCAGUGUCUACGUCGCAGAGGCGCCACUCUCUGUUCGACAGAUCGCUAUUCAACCCGCAAUCUACCGUGCCGUCGCCGAGGGGCGGGGAUCUGGACCCUUCGUCGCUCUUUGGACCAGGGGACGUAUUCGGUGGGCUGGACGCCAACUUCUGGAGUAACCAAGGGAAUGAGGACCCGAGCUCGGCACUGAACCUAUUCCCAUUGCUCGAGGGCGGCGGGGGCAUUGAUUUGGCUCAUUACUUGUAG